UGAAAGAAAAUCCAUUCUUAGCUUGCUUUAUCUCUUUGAGAUUCUGAGUUUAUGAAACAUUAUAUUUUGUUCAACUCUAUCUUCAAUGGCUUUCGCUCAUAUCAUCUCUCUACUAAAUACAAUACAGUUCCAUUUUCUACAACCUCUUCCGUGUUUGAUUUUUGAUGAUACAGAAAUGGUGGAAUCUUUGUGUGAAAAGAUUCGAAAUCUGCAAGGCUUUUUGGAGGAAUCUCACAAGAACAACAUCAUCAGCAACCAGGCAAGGAGAGUGUUGGAGUCAAAGAUCAGAGGCGUAGCUCAUGAUGCAGAAGGAUGGAUUGAAUCAGAAUUACACCGACUUUAUAUGCGCUUUAACAAUGAAUUUCGAGAGAAUCCGGGUUUGAUUCUCACAAGUGACAAUUUUCCUGGGCCUAGCUCAGGUACUUCUCAGGGAGAACGCAAGUGGAUCCGAACAGUUACACGGACGGAGGAAUACCCGGUGAAUCGGACGGAGGAAGACCCGAUGAAUUUACCAAAAAGAGAAAAAAACAUUAAAGAGCGCCCAGUCAAGUCUUCUCAGAGUCUUUAUCAAGCCUUGCAACAAGUAAAACGAAGACUGGAAUCAAUUGAACGGAGGUUUCAGAUUGAGAGAAAUAGCAACCAUUCUGCAGAGCCGCAAAGAAGAAACACGAUAGAGAAUAUCAAAGGUGCCAGUAGUUUCUCUGAACCUUCUUCAGAUCUCAAGAAUGUUGCACUGGUAGGACGAGAUGAUGAGUUCCUUGCCAUAAUGCAGAAGCUCAUUUCAGAUUCAGAAAAACGAGAAGUCAUCUCCAUAUCAGGGAUGGGAGGUAUCGGGAAAACUACCUUGGUUAAAAAAAUCUACGAAGAUGCAACAAUUAUUUCUCAUUUCGACAUUCGAGCAUGGGUUACAGUAUCUCAAGAGCAUAACCUUAAAGAAAUACUCAUUGGCCUUCACGGUUCUAUUGUUGCUAAUGGAGUAGGCAACUCUGAUCUCGAAGAUGAGCUACGUCGAAAGCUGAUCAUUCGGAGGUACCUAAUUGUCAUAGAUGAUAUAUGGAGCAACGAAGCGUGGGAUGACAUCCAUAGAUGGUUUCCAAAAGAAGAGUUCAAUGGGAGUCGAAUACUGUUGACUACACGACUCAAACAAGUGGCUAAUUAUGCUAGUUCAGGUAACAAUAAUUCUCUUGACAUGCGAUUCUUAAAUUUCAAUGAAAGUUGGAAUUUAUUUUACAAGAAAGUAUUUGAGGAGAAAAGAUUUUCCUGUGAAUUUGAGUCGGUGGGUAGAGGUAUUGUUACAAAAUGUCAAGGAUUACCUCUAACAAUUAUUGUGGUUGCUGGGCUUCUCACCGCAUCCAACAAGACAUCGCUAAGGCAGUGGGGGAACGUUGCUGAGAAUUUGAAUUCGUUGCUUAAUACAGAUCCUGAAGAAAAAUGUAGAAAAACACUUUUACUAAGUUAUGAAAACUUGCCUAUACACUUGAAAGUUUGUUUUUUAUAUUUUGGUGUUUUCCCAGAAGAUACCGAGAUUUGUGUGAAAGCAUUGAUUAGGCUAUGGGUUGCCGAAGGAUUCUUAAAGCUAGACCUGAAUAACAGCAUGGAAGAAGUGGGCGAGACUUACUUACAAGAUCUUGUAGACAGAGGUCUAGUUCAAAUUGAUAAGCUGAGUUCCAACGGAAAAAUGAAGUCUUGUAGGCUCCAUGAUCGGUUGCAUAGCUUUUGCUUGAGAGAAGUUGAGAGGGAGAAGCUUUUGUGUGUUAUAAAUGAGAAGAAUGUUCAUAUUGGCAUGCUCCAAAGGAUAAUGAGAUCAAUGUCAACAGGCUCGGAUCCAAAAGCUUGUCGUUGGAUUUCAAGUCAAAUAAUAAGAGAUUUGGAUGUGUCAAUUACUCGAGCAUCUAAGGAAAUUCGAUCCAUUCUAUACUUCACAAAUGAGUUUAAAUGGACCUACUUAUCCCCCAAACCAUUUACCUGUCUUAAACUGCUAAGGGUGUUGGACAUACGUUUAUGUUUGAUGGAUGGCAUACCCAGUGAAAUAGUGAAUCUCGUUCAUUUGAGAUACUUAGCUCUGAGAAAUGAUUCGGUUUUGAAUUUACAAUGGCUAAAGCUUCAAAGUUUGCAAACCGUUAUUAUUAAUACUUUUGAUGAUAGUGAAUCUUACUGGGGAUCAAUGCUUCAUGUUUUGGAUAUGCCACGACUAAGGCAUGUGUAUCUUCCCAAGAGUUGUUUCCUCAAUCUCCCAAAGUUAAUUCAAUGUAAUCUGCAAACCAUAUUUUGGUUGAGUCUACCUCAACGUUUGCGAACUAAACUAGGGUUCAAAACAAUUCCAAACGUAAAAGAACUUGGGAUUUACAUUAAGGACAAGGAUCCAUAUAAACUGCUCCCUGGUUCACUUGCCGAUUUGUAUCGAUUGGAGAACUUGAAAAUUGCAGUGAAGGAAGAUAUUUUUUUUAGGGGUGAGUUUCGACUUCCAAUAGCUUUUCCAUCUAGCCUUAAGAAAUUGAAACUUAUAUAUACUUAUCUUCCGUGGGAGGAUAUGGCCAUUAUUGGGACAUUGCCCAACCUUGAGGUUCUAAAACUAAUGGGGUACGCUUUCUGUGGUCCAGAUUGGAGAACAGAGAAUGGUUUUUAUAAAUUAAAGCACUUGCAAAUUGUAGAGUCAGAUCUCAAGCAUUGGACUGUGAUUGCCGAUCAUUUUCCCGUUCUUGAAUGUCUAAUUCUAUCUUGCUGCGAGAAUUUGGAAGAAUUUCCAAGUGCUUUUGCCGAUAUUACCACAUUGCAGUUAAUCAAGUUAACCCGUUGUUGCUCUUCUAUUGUUACUUCUGCUAAACAAAUUCAAGAAGAGCGAUUGGAUUUUGGAGACAAUAAAUUUGUUGUCCGUGACUUUCGUACAGUUUUUGGAAGUGAACAUGUGCGGCAGUUCUCAAGAAGAGAGGAUGCGGGGUAUAUUAGCUCGAAAAAGAAAUUGAUAUAUGUAAAAAAAAAAAAUUAAAAGAGUAUUUUUGUAAUAAAAUAAAAAGAUUUAUGUUUUGAGAUUAGAAUAAUAAGUAUAUAUGCCACAAUAAGCAUUGGAUGUAUAUGUAAUUUUUCUAUAGAGGAACAGAGACGUAUAUAUCACACUUAUGAUUCUUGAUGAUAGAGAAAUGCUUAAAUCUUUGUGUAAGAAGAUUCGAUUUUUGCAAGCCUUUUUGGAGGACUCUGACAAGAAGAACAUCAACAAGGAGACUGUUGGAGACAGAGAUCAGAGGUUUGCCUUGAUUUUGUGUAGUUACAAUUUGUGUUGAGGAUAGGAUGGACUGCGAAUGAGCUGAGCCGCUCGCCUCAACCCCGGUCAACUUCGAGUUCGAGUUUGAGUUCGAGUCUAAGUUUGAACGCUCAAGUCAAUCGAGUUGAGCUCAAGCUGCUUGAAAAAUGGUGAGCCAGACUCGAGCUUCGUUUUUUGAGCUUAAUCGAGCUCGAGCUCAAAUUCGGCUCGGCUCGGCUCGUUUGCACCUCUAGUUGAGGAUAAGGAAGAAAAAACUAAUCAAGUGCGGGAUUCACUGCAAGUGAUAAAAGUGGACCCCACAUAUAUUUGUACCACAAAAUAAUCAUUUUUAUGCUAUUUUAUGCUAAAAAUUUCAACAAA